AUGAUCGACCUGACAGUCCGUUGCCCUGAACAACGGGCGGUGAGUAACUUGUCAACAUCCACGUUUAGUUGUCUCGGAUUGCAAUUGAAGCCGAGUCCUCAUCACAUUCCUGUGAACCCGCAGUCUUUCAUGGCGCGGCUGAAUGACGACAAUUCAGACGCGGCAGUCGAGUCCACGGAGAUACUAAGCCCACAACCAUUCCACCCCCAAACCAAAGACUUCCUGGUCUCCCUCGAGCCCGGCCAAUUAUACAAUACCCAAAUGCCCUCUCACGAAUAUGAAUAUAAUUCCUCAUCGUCUUCCGCCCGCCACUCUACCAGCGACGUUUUCGGCCGUGAAAUGGACGAAGAACUAGACCAGCUCAAAUCGAGGGCAUCCAGCCGUUCGUCGGUAUCCUCGAUCCCUGCGUCGGUCCUGAUUCACCCCGUUGAAAAAAUGAAACAAAUGCCCGAUAUGGACGUCCACGAGAAAAUCGCCGGAUAUAGAGCUGAAGAAUCCGAAGCCAACUUCGGCGACUUCAGCGAAGUGCCCACAGCGAACCGCACGAUUCGCCAGCGCGAAGCUGUCUUCCGCAAGCCGAGCUCAGUGCGAGCACUUCAGAUGCACACGGAAGACGAAGCAGAUGAAGACGAUUAUUUGACUCCCCCACGUCGACGGGCGGGUAUUCGCUCCCCUGGCUCGGCCCCAGCGAAGCGGUCGCCCUAUUACUCGCCAAAGGCCCAGAGACAACCAACACCGAAAAGGGAGGCACCGCUUGUGCUGCUACACUGCACGCUUUUGCCGCCUUCCAUUCCGGUUCCUGGGGCUGCGGAACCCAGAAACCAGGACAUCCUUGAAGACGAGUUGCCGGCGGAAUAUUGGAAGCGCUGGCGUCGGUUGCAGGACCGUGUUGGAUCGGGGGUGCUUCGUGAUCGGGGAGUGUUGAUCUCUCACCCGGAGGAUCUAUAUGAUAUGCUUGAAGAGCGACUGCUGGAGAGUCUGGAGCUUCAGCGACCGCGUCUUCAGAACGGACAUUUUGUCGGACGGGAAGACCAGGACGAUUCCGGCGAUGAUUUCUCGGAUAUUGACGAGAGCGAGACGGAUGGGGAGCAGGGAGAAGAAUGUCCAGACUGCGGAAACCAUGUGCGACAUAGCGACAGUAAUCGCAAAUGGGAGAUUCGGGUAUUCGCAGCGAACGGGUUGAUGCGCGCCGGGGCAUGGGCAGCUGCGUGGCGAGAUAUGGAGAAGGUUGAUGUCGAAGUUGGACUCUGGCUGCCUUCUGAUGUGCGUCGUGGAUUGGAAAGAAGAUUCGCAGAGGAGCAGAUGGCUCUUGUGGAACGAGAUCAGGCCCAGUCCCCCGCAAUGCAGAUGCUGCCUAUAUCAUCGCUGGUUGAUCGCGAGAACCAGAUUCUGCCUGAAAUCCUGCAAUCACCUCGACGGAGUCAUGUGCGUAUGGUCAGUGAUGUCGGCUCCUUCCAAUCUCGCAGCGUUAUGCCGUCGCGCGAGAGUAUCUCUGGGCCUUCUGUUGAACCAGACCACCAUGUCCAAAGCCAAAGAGUCGAGCGCAACCAUGAAGUUGCCCUUUCAACCCUCUGCGCAAAUUACAUCCGGGUCCUGGCCGCUGAUCGCCGCAACAUAGCACUUGUUCUUCUGAGCAUGCUUGUUGCGUUUCUUGCCUUUGGAUAUGGUCAACGGCAGCCAUUCUCUCCAGAGGUACAAUCUUACCAGCCCGUCUCAUACGACACGCCUUUGCCUUCUAUUAUGCCCAGCCUGAGCGUCGCUUCGGCUUCUUGGUCUCCCUCGCCGACUGCUGAACCCGUCACCUCCGCCGAGGAUGUUGACCCAGCGCCUUCAGCAGAGAUAGGAACAGAAGCGCAAGCGACCCAUGAUGGGCCGCUCAAUUUGCUCAAGGAUGUUGAACCUGCGGCUGUGGAAUCCGAGAAGUUUGUGGAGACUUCGCCACCGCUCGAGGUGCUGGAGACCUCCCAGUCCGAGGAUAUCAUCGAGGAAGAUCCACAUGACUCGACAGUGGUCGACUCUCGCCCAGAAGAUGGAGAAACUGAGAAUCAGGAGCACCUCGAUGACUUGGAUGAGUCUGACGAACGCGAACCUUCCGAUUCAAACGGGCCGUCUGGGCCUCACUCUGCCGGAAUUGAUGAAGACUCGGACCUCCGGCACACGCCCGAGGCUUCCAGUUUGUCUGUGGAGCCUACGGAUACGUCGGUGAUUGUUGAAACAGAAGAAACACCCCAUGCUGAGCCUGACUUGGGUGCAGCGGAGGGUUCCGCUGAGGCCGAGGAGGCCGAGGAUGAGGCCGAAGAAUUUGACGAGGACGCUGAAGAGGAGGAGUUUGAAGCCCAAGAAACGGAUUAA